AUGGACCCAGCUGUGGCCCUGGUGCUCAGUAUCUCCUGCCUGCUUCUCUUUUCACUCUGGAGAUGGAGCACCACCAGGCAGAAGCUCCCUCCUGGCCCCACGCCUCUUCCAAUUAUUGGAAACAUCCUGCAGAUGGAUUUGAAGGACAUAAGCAAGUCCUUGACCAAAUUCUCCAAAGCCUAUGGCCCCGUGUUCACCCUGUAUUUUGGCACAAAGCCCACUGUGAUAUUACACGGAUAUGAAGCAGUGAAGGAGGCCCUGGUUGAUCAUGGAGACGAGUUUUCUGGGAGAGGCAGUUUCCCAUUGUUUGAAAGAAUCAACAAAGGACAUGGAAUCGGGAUGAGUAAUGGAAAGCCGUGGAAGGAGAUGCGGCGCUUCUCUCUCAUGACCCUGCGCAAUUUCGGGAUGGGGAAGAGGAGCAUAGAGGAGCGAGUUCAAGAGGAGGCCCGCUGCCUUGUGGAGGAGCUGAGGAAAACCAACGCUUCUCCUUGUGAUCCUACCUUUAUCCUGGGCUGUGCUCCCUGCAAUGUGAUCUGCUCCGUUAUUUUCCAGAAACGUUUUGAAUAUUCAGAUCAAAAUUUUAUCCACUUUCUGAAGCUUUUGACUGAGGCCUUCACUAUUCUAGGCUCCCCAUGGAUUCAGGUCUGCACUAAUUUUCCAGCUCUCAUUGACUACCUUCCAGGGAGCCAUAAUAAAUUUAUUAAAAAUAUGUGUUUUAUCCAGAAUUUCAUUUUGGAAAAAAUAAAAGAACACCAACAAUCACUAGAUGUGAAUAAUCCUCGGGACUUUAUUGAUUGUUUCCUGAUCAAAAUGGAACAGGAAAAACAUAAUGAGCAAUCUGAAUUUACUCUGGAAAACCUGAAAAUUGCUGCAUUUGAUUUGUUUAUUGGUGGGACAGAUAGCAUCAGCAGCACCGUGAGAUAUGGACUACUCCUCCUACUGAAGCACCCUGAGGUCACAGUCAAGCUCCAGCAGGAGAUUGAGCGUGUGAUUGGCAGAAACCGGAGCCCCUGCAUGCAGGACAGGAGCCACAUGCCCUACACGGACGCUGUCAUACAUGAGAUUUUGAGAUUCAUUAACAUGGGUCCCACUAACGCACCCCGCGCAGUGACGCAUGACGUUAAAUUCAGAAACUACCUUAUCCCCAAGGGUACGACCGUAUUACCAUCACUGACAUCAGCGCUACAUGAUGACAAACAGUUUCCCAACCCAGAGAGGUUUGACCCUGGACACUUCCUGGACAAGAAUGGAAACUUUAAAAAGACUGACUACUUCCUGGCUUUCUCAACAGGAAAACGAGUUUGUGUGGGAGAGGGCCUGGCCCGCAUGGAGCUGUUUUUGCUGCUCACCACCAUCUUACAGAACUUCAAGCUGAAACCUCUGGUUGAACCAAAGGACAUCAGUAUCACCCCAGUUUUUGGUGGAAUGUCUUCUGUGCCACCGCCAUACCAGCUCUGCUUCAUUCCCAUCUGA